AUGGCGUUCAAGUUUUACUGUGUUGCAUUCCUAUCUUCAUUUCCAGUGGCUAUUGACGAUGGCGAUACAUGGUCAGUCAAUACAAACAAAAAUGACUAUCUAAGCUCAGCUAAAACCGUGAUGAAGUUGAACUGUGAACGUGUGUUUAUGCACUUGAAGCUUCAAUCUUCUAGCCCAGUGGAAGAAGAAACCGCUGCUUUUCCGCCGUUAAUUCAAAAGUGCCUCGCAGAGUCUUCCAAAACAUGGACAUGGAUAUCGACGAAACAGCCAAAGGUACGCCCCUUCUCCAAAAACGCCGCGUUUUACCAUUCUCAGUCGUCGUCGCCUUCGGUGAUCAUAAAAACUGUACGCGCUUUUGGCGGGGGAAGAAAAACAAGGAAAGCCUGUCGAAGUAAUAUUGGUGGGUGCGCCCGGAAGUGGCAAGUCUACCUUCUGCGAAUAUGUCAUGCGCUCCACUCGCCCUUGGGUUCGCGUUUGCCAGAUACUGUCAAAAACGGUAAAGCCGGAACGAAAGGGCAGUGUAUAGAGAGUGCAAUGAAUGCGUUGAAGGAUGGGAAGAGUGUGUUUAUAGAUAGGUGUAAUGUAGAGAAAGAACAAGGGGAUGAAUUUGUGAAGCUUGGUGAUAGUUCCCAAGUUGAUGUUCAUGCUGUGGUGCUUGAUCUUCCUGCCAAGCUUUGUAUAUUGCGGUAUGUGAAGCGAACUGGCCAUGAAGGAAACGUGCAAGGCAGGAAAGCUGUGGCGAUUGUGAAUAGAAUGCUGCGGAACAAAGAACUGCCUAAGCUGAGUGAAGGGUUUGCUAUUGCCAGAGUCAGAGUGAUGUUCAAUCUGUGGUUGAUGCAUAUAGUGGACUUGGUCCGUUGGAUACACUUCCCAAUCAGAAGAACCCCGGUGCAAAAAUUCAACUAGGUAUAAUGAAGUUCUUAAAGAAAACAGAUGGUCCUGCCAAUACUGAAUCAACUUCGAAGACUGUACCGGAUUCUAAUGCUUCUCAAAUUACUGAAGAAAAGGAAACCUCUUUGAAAGGAACAGGUUCACUUUCUGAAAAAUCUGGUAAGGAGUCAAAGGAAGGUGAAGAGCUAGUUGUAGGCUCUGUUGGCGGUGAUGGUUCUCUAAACGAUGCUUCCACUCUGGCAUUUCCUUCCAUUUCAACAGCAGAUUUUCAAUUUGACCUUGCAAAGGCAUCUGAUAUUAUUGUUGAGAAAGUUAAAGAAUUUAGGAUUAAGCUUGGAAAUUCUAGACUUGUUUUAGUGGAAUUGAGUCAUUAAUCGAAGAUUUUGUCUUUAGUAAGGGCUAAAGCUUCAGAGAAAAGCAUUGAUUCCAACAAGUUCUUCACAUUUGCAGGAGAUAUCACUCGGCUUCAUUCAUUCAGAAGGAGGUUUACACUGCAAUAUAAUAGCUAAUGCUACCAAUUGGUUUAACAAUGGAGGCUUUGUUGCAUGCAUUUUGCUUAUUCCCUGAGCGUCAGAGAUUCCAAACCAUAAAUUUUCAGUGCAUUACUCAGGUUUAUGAUUUGAUUGACUCAAAUUCACUUUGAAGAAGUCAAGGCAUAUCUGCAAUCUACAUGUUACUCCUAUUUUAGUUUUUGACUGACUAAGGCCAUAUAUAGUCGAUCAUAUACACAUACCGUUAUAGGUGGAAGAAAAACAGAAUGGUUUGUGUAUGCUCAUGUUGAUUUUCUGGGUAGCAAGAGAAGCAUAUUCUCCGAAAAACUCAUGUAUUGUAUGUAACUAUGAUAUCGUGGAAUUGUGACUGUCGUA